AUAAGAUUAGAGGUGCGGUGACAAAGUGUUUGGAUGCUUAUUUGCUCCACAAACAUAUACAGAAUGAAAUAAAAUGUCUGAUGAAAAGCACAGAGAUUCCGAGAACGACGACACUGACAGUGACAACGAGUCGGAUGGACAGCUUUCAUUUUUUGGCACAUUAACGAGCAUUUUCAUUCCUGGUAUGUUGCAAUAUUUUGUUAUUACUAUUUAUUAUUAGUACAAUCAAGCCAAGAUGUUAGGUAUAGUCAAUUACAUUAGCCGCAUUUACACCAUUUGGAAGGAAGGAUACGCAUGUAAACGUGUUAUUUAACCAACAAACUCCCUUUUUUUGUCUAAAAAUGUAUCAUAAAAACAUGUAUCAGCAUUAAAUGUUUUAUGUGUGUAUAAUACUAACUCUAAGAUGGUUUAAAAAAGUUUUAAAAAAUAAAAUAAAAGCCAACUUCCGUCGCAGUCCUACGACGUAGACGGGUGGCCAACGUUAAAAAGAAAAACUAACUUUUUAGAUAAGAAAUAUUGUAUAAAAACAAUACAAUAGAAUGUACUUUUAGAAAGUACAACAGUUUUAUGAAACAAUGUACAAUAUUUACCUUGGAGAAGGACUUCUGUGGUAUUUCCUUUCAGCUGAUCUCUGUCAAACACACCAUCAGCAACUUUUUCAUAUUUUCCUUGAUAAAUGUCCGCCACUUAGAUAUUAUUUGAACAUUCUUGGCUGGCCUUAAACUUAUUCUGCUUCAGUAUGGUGCAGACCAGCAGUGAUAUGCUCAUAUUACCAAGUUGAUUAUACUCUUGGUCAUGUUUUUGAUGAUAUAUUUCUUUAAUUUGAUAAAUAUCAUCCAACUAAUGCUGGCGAGUAAGACAGGAUGUUUUGGGCGGAUCUUACGGGGUUCUUUUAGACAUUUGCCAUUUGCAACAAAUGGCGCUGAUGCCUAAAAGUAAAAUUUGUGCUUGCAACUCAAAGCAUAACAAACAAUGAGCCGAGAGAUAAAACGCUCUUAAGUUGAGAUACGACUGUAUAUAAUUAUGAAUAAUAUAUGUUUUAAUAACCUUUAUUUCCAAUGACCUGGUGGUCACAGAAAUCAAACAUAGUUAAAACAACAAUUUAACCAACAAGCUCCCGGAUUUCUGUGUCUAAAAAUGUAUCAUAAAAAAUAUGUAUCAGCAUUAAAUAUGUUUAUGUGUGUAUAAUACUAGCUCUAAGAUGGUUAAAAAAGUUUAAAAAAGAGAAAAUAAAAGCAGUCACAGUCCUAUGACAUAGACGUAGGUGUAUUUGCGACAAAUACACUGGAAUUGUAUACAAAUGUAUUUUAAAAAAAUUAAAUUAAAACAAUUAUUUACCUAAUGUGUGAAUCUGAGUGUGAAUGUUGUCUGUCUAUCUGUGUGGGCCCUGCGAUGAGGUGGCGACUUGUCCAGGGUGUACCCCGCCUUCCGCCCGAAUGCAGCUGAGAUAGGCUCCAGCACCCCCCGCGACCCCAAAAGGGACACGCGGUAGAAAAUGGAUGGAUGUAUACAGUGUGGAUGUUAUCGUAGUUAAUAACAUUGCACAUUUUUUCUGUAAUUGAGUUUGGCUGUAAAAUGACUUCCUUAUCCUGGUUAACGUGUUAAAUUAUGUAUGUUGGGAAUGGUAUGUCGGCUGGAUAGCUUUAAUUUUUUGGCACAUUAACGAGCAUUUUCAUUCCUGGUAUGUUGCAAUAUUGUAUUAUUAUUAUUAGUACAAUCAAGCCAAGAUUUGUUAGGUAUAGUUAGGCAUUUACACCAUUUGGAAGGAAGGAUACGCAUGUAAACGUGUUAUUUAACCAACAAGCUCCCGAUUUUUUUUUUUGUCUAAAAAUGUAUCAUACAAAAUAUGUAUCAGCAUUAAAUAUGUUUUAUGUGUGUAUAAUACUAACUCUAAGAUGGUUUAAAAAAAGUUUUAAAAAAGAGAAAAUAAAAGCCAACUUCCGUCGCAGGCCUAUGACUUAUUGAUUUAUUGAUUGAAACUUUUAUUAGUAGAUUGCAUAGUACAGUACAUAUUCUGUACAAUUGACCACUAAAUGGUAACACCCGAAUAAGUUUUUCAACUUGUUUAAGUCGGGGUCCAUGUAAAUCAAUUCAUGUUAACUUAGACCCACUUAGACGGAUGGCCAACAAAUACACUGGAAUUGGAGAUGUGCUAUUUGGAAUUUUCCCUGUAUGAAAAAAACAUUUGAAAAUGAAUUUUACCUUUGCAACGUCAUUAUACUAUUGGCUAAGUUGUAUAUCCAUUAGGGCUGUGAAUCUUUGGGUGUCCCACGAUUCGAUUCAAUAUCGAUUCUUGGGUUCACGAUUCGAUUCAAAAUAAAUAAAAAAAUUCCAAUUCAACACGAUUCUCGAUUCAAAAACGAUUUUUUUUCCCGAUUCAAAACUAUUCUCUAUUCAUUCAAUACAUAGGAUUUCAGCAGGAUCUACCCCAGUCUGCUGACAUGCAAGCAGAGUGGUAGAUUUUUGUAAAAAGCUUUUAUAAUUGUAAAGGACAAUGUUUUAUCAACUGAUUGCAAAAAUGUAAAUUUGUUUUAACUAUUAAAUGAAGCAAAAAUAUGACUUAUUUUAUCUUUGUGAAAAUAUUGGACACAGUGUGUUGUCAAGCUUAUGAGAUGCGAUGCAAGUGUAAGCCACUGUGACACUAUUGUUCUUUUUUUUUAUAAAUGUCUAAUGAUAAUGUCAAUGAGGGAUUUUUAAUCACUGCUAUGUUGAAAUUGUAACUAAUAUUGAUACUGUUGUUGAUAAUAUCCAUUUUUGUUUCACUACUUUUGGUUUGUUCUGUGUCGUGUUUGUGUCUCCUCUCAAUUGCUCUGUUUAUUGCAGUUCUGAGUGUUGCUGGGUCGGCUUUGGUUUUGGAAUUGGAUUGCAUUGCAUUGUUAUGGUAUUGCUGUGUAUUGUUUUGUUGGAUUGAUUAAUUACAAAAAUAAAUAAUAAUAAUUAUAAAAUAAUAAAAAUAAAAAUCGAUUUUUUAAAAAUGAGAAUCGAUUCUGAAUCGCAUAACGUGAGAAUCGCGAUUCGAAUUCGAAUCUAUUUUUUCCCACACCCCUAAUAUAUAUAUUAUAAGCGUUUUGUAUUGUUUGUGUACUGUUUCUGUACUUGUUUUGUUUAUUAUUUCUUGAUUGUAUGUCAAUAUUCAUAUUAUAAAUGCAUGUUUAUUAAAAUAAAAAAAUACACUGGAAUUGUAUGCAGUGUAGAUGUUAUCGUAGUUUAAUAACAUUGCGCCUUUGCUCUGGAAAAGAGAAAAUAAAAGCCAACUUCCGUCGCAGUCCUGUGACGUAGACGGGUGGCCAACAUUUCCGACAAAAUACACUGGAAUUGUGUACAGUGUGGAUGUUAUUGAAGUCAAUAAUAUUGCGCAUUUGCUCUGGAAUUGAGUUUGGCUUUAAAAUGACUUCUUUAUCCCGGUUAACGUGUUAAAUUAUGUAUGUUGGGAAUGGUAUGUUUUAUCAAUCUUAGCAUAGCAUAGUAGCUUGGCUGCAUUGCUCAACAGUGUGAGGUAGGGAUGUGUCAAAAGGGAGGACAUUGACACAUUCCCCUCAAUGCCAAACCUGCUGAGGUAACGACGGCUUCGAUAAGUAGGUUUCCUUCGCACGUUGAGGUGUCUGCGGGCUGUUCGCAACAUGUUGAACCUACCGACCCAGUCCUUCCCUGCGCCGAGCUCCCAGCAGCGGGUCGCUCCGUCCGGCCAUUCGGGGAGGACCAAGGUUGCCUUGAAACCAGGCCACAGUCUCAUGGACUGGAUUCGGUUCUCCAAAAGUGGGAAAGAUCUAACUGGGCUGAGAGGACGGCUGAUUGAAGUUACUCAAGAAGAACUACAGAAACACAACACCAGGAACGACUGCUGGACAUGUAUACGAGGUUUGGUGUAUAAUGUCAGCCCUUACAUGGACUACCACCCUGGGGGAGAAGAUGAGUUGAUGAAGGCAGCGGGCAUAGAUGGCACUGACCUUUUUGACCAGGUCCAUCGCUGGGUAAACUAUGAGUCCAUGUUGAAAGAGUGCCUGGUGGGCAGGAUGGCCACUAAGCCCACCGCUACUUUUAAAGGCAUUGUCCCACCACCUCCACCAGUCUUCAACCCCACUACACCAGUGACCGCUCUGACAGUCAAAGACUCAAGCCCUCGAUAUGAAUGGUUUCAAACGGAGUCGACGGUCCAUCUUAUUAUUUAUGCCAAAAGAAAGAUACCCAAAUCGUGCUGUACAGUUGUUGACCUCGCUGCUGGUGUACUACGACUGGAAGUGCUACUGGGAAAAAUGUCCUACGUGAUACAUUUAUGUCUUUUAGAAGCUGUUGAUGCAAACAUUGCUGUUCACACUGCCGCCACCGUGGGAAAGAUCCAAGUGACCAUACACAAGCAGGAAAAAGAAAAAUGGCCAAGCCUUGGUCAGCCACUGGAAUUCCACAAUACAUUUUUAUGCAAAAAAGAAAGAACUCUUUUCUAUCGGGAUUGUGUGUUGGUGUCUCGGACUGAGGUGAAUCAUAACACACACGUGCUUCAGUUGCAACUUCCUCGUGGGACUGUCAUGCAAGUGCCUGUUGGCAAACAUGUCUACCUCAAAUCCCUCAUUCAAGAAACGGAGGUAGUGAGACCAUACACCCCAAUAGACAAGGGGCUUUCCGUUGGACCCGAUCCCUCUUCAGAAAACAAACACCUCUACCUCAUGAUUAAGUUUUAUAGUGAUGGAGCACUCACUCAACAUCUCAACAGCCUGCAUGUUGGUGACCAUAUAUCAGUUAGCGGUCCAGAGGGUACCUUCAGUCUCCGCCCCCUUCGUGAUGUCACAGUCCUUUACCUUCUAGCAGCAGGCACAGGCCUCACUCCGAUGGCUCGUCUCAUUCAACUGGCACUGCAGGAGAUGAACACUAUCAGGAAAGCCCAACUGCUGUUUUUUAACCGACGAGAAGAGGACAUCCUGUGGCGAAGGGAAUUGGAUGAACUGGCCGCUAAGGAUGAAAGGUUCCAGGUGGAGCACAUCCUGUCUGAGCCGUGUGACAGCUGGGCAGGCAGGAAGGGCCGUGUGGACGAGGCCGUGAUCAACGAUUGUCUGGAUAGACCGGACGGGUCCAAGUGCUACGUUUGUGUAUGUGGGCCCACUGCCUUUACGGAGCUGACAGUUGGGUUGGUGAAGCAGCAAGGUUUCAUGGAAGAGGAGCUUCACAUCUUCCAGGGUUGAUGUGCACUGCUGCCAACUUGCAGAGACUUGGUGCCUUUAAGUGACAAUCAGAGAUGGUUAAAAUGUAUAGCGUAUAUUUAUUUAUGUGUGUGUGCGGAAGAAACACAGUUUCUAUGCAUCGAUAUAAAACAGCUGACUGACUACAGAGUUGCGUUGGUGCGCUGUUGCAUUAGCACAGUCAAGUUAGUGUUUGUCCUACAUAUUUUACAUACAUUCUCCUGCCUCUGCUAAACAUAUUUAAUUCCACAUUUUAUUGGUCACAAUUGGGUGAAACGUACAUGUAGUUGUGACAGUGUUGUUGCUGAUACAACAAUGUCAAAAGAGCCUAGGAAAGUUCCUUCUUUUAAGCAACAAUGCUGCCUCUUUUUAUAGUCAAUGCUCCAGAUACACCACAUGUUGUCUCAACCAUCUCAUGUGGCUGGAUUUGAAGCAAGCAGGCAUUAUUAGUGGGAACAAUCUAUUAUAAGAGGGAAUUAUUGUGCAGAAACAUCAAUAUGAAAAAAAAGUAUUACAACACAUGAACAGGUAAAGUUGUUCCCCUCAACUUCAGUAGGUGUUAAUAUUUUCUGGUGGACUGACUGAAAAAACUUUACAUCAACAGGGGAUAACGUUACAACAUUUGAGGAACUGUAUGUAUUCUAAAUGAUUGUAUUUAAAAGAAAAGGACGGAAAAACUUGGACUUCGAUUUGGAUUAUAAUUAAUUUUAAAGUUAAAAGUUUAACUAAGUACCAAAGACACUAGGUGUGGUGAAAUUAGCUCUGGAUUUGACCGAUCACCCUUGAUCACCACCUGGGAGGUGAGGGAAGCAGUGAGCAGCAGCGUUGGCCGUGCCCGGGAAUUUAGGAGAGAUGCUAGUCUGCUUCCUGACUAUUAUAAGAACAAGUAACCGAUAUAAUAAUAUAUGUUGAGUGGAAAGGUACACUAUUAGAAAAUGUAAAUACUACUACACAAUACAAUAAAGUACUGUAUUACAAUUAUAAUUACUGAGCAAGUAUGCAAACAGGGCAUUUAGGAUAAUUGUAACUAGAGCUGCCCACCAUGUGACUCUUUUGUUUUUUUAUUGUUAAAAAGUGUGUAAUGUUGACCUUUAUAGUAAAGUCUUUUUA